UUUGCAAAAAUAAAAUAACUGUUUUCACUUUGUCCUAAUGAGGUAUUGUAUGCAGAUUGCUUUGGAUUCCUUAUUUAUUUAAUCAAUUUUAGAAUAAGGCUGUAAUGUAACAAAACGUGGAAAAUGUCAAGGGGUCUGAAUAGUUUCUGAAGGCAGUGUCCCUUGGGCCUUAUGGCAUAAUUAGAUACCGACAUAGAUAAAGCAGCACUAACAGCUAUUUCACAUAAAUCUAAUCUAGGCCUAUUAUCACUUAAACAUUGAGCAAUAUUGAAAGGUGGGCCUAUCAAAUUCAAUAUGUAUCACAGGUCUAUCUACAAACAAUUAAAACAAUGAGUAAUUGAACACAUUUCUAAUGUAUUGGAUGAGCAGUAAUAAAGAGAUGAAGAUGUACAUUUUAUGUAACAAAUAUGAUGAGGUUGUUCAUUAGGGUCGUGAUCUGUCAUAUUUUCUUUUUAGCAGCCUCGCGGUUCUGUAGUCAAUGUUUCACAACGUUUAGGAGCGCUAAGGAGUUGUGAACAUUCACCAAUGGCUUAAACCAAAUAUUUGUUUGGCCAUGGUUCAAGCCAAUCCUCACCUCAUGAAGUCGGCCAUUCCACCAAUCACACACAAUGAAUAGUUGGCGGGAGUGGAAGGGGAGGAACAUUCGAAUGUAUUAUUCACUAAUCAGAACUAGGCACGUUUUUGACAACUCGUUUGUGUACAAGAUAAUGGCGUCAACUGUUGCAGUACCUGUCGCCCCUACAGUGUCGGACCCAGAGCGGUGUGAAGGCGAGGAAGAGUUACGGGGGCUCGAGGCUGAAGAAGAGAGUAACCAACAUACUGGGCACGUUGCUGCACCCUCCCAGAACCGUCUAGCGAAGUUACCGCUGUCCCGUAUCAAGGCACUGAUGAAAGCGGACCCAGACGUGUCCCUCGCUAGUCAAGAGUCUGUGUUUAUCAUUGCUAAAGCCACAGAACUCUUUGUUGAAAUGAUUGCCAAAGAUGCCCUGGUGUAUGCCCAUCAAGGAAAGAGGAAAACUUUGCAGAGGAAAGAUUUAGACAAUGCAAUAGAGACCGUAGAUGAGUUUGCCUUUUUGGAAGGCACUCUAGAUGCCUAGACACACUCAGGAGACAGCAGGCAGUUCAAGAAUCAGAGGCAUUCUUCAUCAUAAGGACAAGCGGCAUUUGGAAAACAGACUGACCGGUCUUACUUUUGAAGUGAUAUCGCUGAGUUGGUAUUGGUCACAAGGACUUUCCUUCCUGGAUAUAUAUAAACUGUAAAGACAUCAGUGAUGAUCCUCAGUUUGUCUUGUAUGCAAGGAGUCUGCCAUUUUCUAUUUGUAAAUAAUUUGAGAUUAUGUUGAAAUAAAUCAUAGUGUAUAAACCUGA